ACCACCACCCGAGCGAGCCACCCUACCCUUGAUCCAGCGAGACGAUGUCGGAUCUGGACUACAGCGAUGACGACUACUUUGACGACGACGAGGACAUGGGCGGGGCCGACGAUGAUUCCGCACCGUCCGACGAUGACAUGGAUAUAGAUUUCAACGACGACAUUCAGACGGCGCUGAAGGAGAAGAAGAAGGUGUAUGAGGUCGAAUACGACUCGCUGAGCCAGCAAGAGGUCGAGAAGCAUAUGAGGUCAGAUAUCGAGGGCAUCAGCAGCAUAUUCGGCGUAGACGCCAAUACCGCAGCCCUCCUACUUCGACAUAUGAACUGGAACAAGGAGCGCCUGACCGAGAAGUACAUGGACAACGCCGACGCCGUGCUUGUCGCCGCCGGCAUCACGCAGCCGCCCCCACCCCGGCCCUCCCCGUCCGCAACCCGCUCGCCCGGCGCCUCCACCUCCUCCGGCAUCCUCUCCAAUGUGCGGCGCGCCGCCCGCCGCUCCCCCGCAGACUCCGCCCGGCUGCCCUCUCGCUCGACCCCGCCCCCACGUGCCCCAAGCCCCGCGCCCUUCGUCUGCCCGAUCUGCUUCGACGAUACCCAAACGGACACGCUCUCGCUCGACUGCGCGCACGCGUUCUGCACCGGCUGCUGGAACGCGUACAUGACGAGCAAGAUCCGCGGCGAGGGUGAACACGUGAUCCGCUGCAUGGCCGAGGGCUGCCAGCUCGUCGCGAACGACGACUUCGUCCGGAAGGCGCUCGGCGACGACACUGCGACCUGGCAGCGCUUCCAGGAGCUGCUCGUGCGCGACUACGUCGCUGCGAACAAGCGCCUCAAGUUCUGUCCUUAUCCGUCUUGCAACUACACCGUCUCGUGCCCCGCGGCGUCCACGAAGAGCUCGCUCGCCACGAUUGUACCUACCGUGACGUGCGGAGGCAAUGCCGCGCAUCAGUUCUGCUUCGGAUGCGAUAUCGACGCCGACCAUCGCCCGUGUGUGUGCGCGGUGGCGAAGAUGUGGCUGAAGAAGUGCGCGGACGACAGCGAGACCGCGAACUGGAUCAAGAGCAACACGAAGGAAUGCAGCAAGUGCCAGAGCACGAUCGAGAAGAACGGUGGCUGCAACCAUAUGACGUGCAAGAAGUGCAAGCACGAAUUCUGCUGGGUAUGCAUGGGCCCCUGGUCCGAGCACGGGACUUCCUGGUACUCCUGCAACCGAUUCGACGAGAAGGCUGGUGUAGACGCACGAGACGCGCAGUCCAAGAGUCGUGCCUCGCUAGAACGCUAUCUUCAUUACUACAAUCGUUGGGCGAACCACGAACAAUCCGCGAAGCUGCAGCUCGAACUGUACGCGAAGACGGAGAAGAAGAUGGAGGAGAUGCAGAUUUCGUCCGCGCUGACCUGGAUUGAGGUGCAGUUCAUGAAGAAGGCCGUGGACGAGGUGUUCAAAUGCCGGAUGACGCUCAAGUGGACGUACGCGAUGGCGUACUACCUCAGCCCGGGGAACGCGAAAGAGCUGUUCGAGGACAACCAGAGCGACCUCGAGCAGGCGGUCGAGGAGCUGAGCGGCCUGCUCGAGGCGCCAUUCGAGGCGGCUGAUGUGGCUGCGCUGAGGCAGAAGGUGACCGACAAGACGGUGUACGUGCAGAAGCGCAACGAGAUUAUGCUAGAAGAUACCGCCGUUGGUUUCCAAGAAGGCAGAUGGCGAUUCAACGCUCCUGUGGAUGGCUUCGAGAACCUUGACUGAGCUUUCUCCUCUUCAUCGUAUCGGGUCACCACUCUCCCUCAUCUCAUCUCACUCGUAUCUCCCCUUGCUCUCUUCAGCACUGUAUCCGGACCUAUCUUCACCUCGCCAAUCGCUAAUUCGCUGUCCAUUACACACCAUCCCUGUCGAUAGCUCUCACUGUAUACAUAUCAUAUCCUUCAUCGUUGUAGUCGGUUACCGGAGGGCGGGUUUAAGCUCGAGCUCAGCAACCUGCUCGUGAACAGGGCAUGGACGAGCAGGUGAAGGCUGAUCGCGUUAUACGAAGGUUCAGCACAUCAAUAUCG